CUUGUGCUCCAUGGAGGGAGUCAGAUCUGGGUCUGAAAUGUGUUUUCUGCGUAACAAUGAGAUGGGCCCUAGCGAUGCCGCCUGGCGGUUGGGUACUCACCUUUCCCGAAAGAUGCAAUCUGUCUGCUGCGAGAAUGGGCUGUGCCACGCGGGCCCCCCGAGGGACACGGCCACGCCGGUGGCGGGUGUUAACAAGCAGGCAUAAGGGACCGUUCCCCCGGAGCACGCUCUCUGAAGCCAUCGCCACCGCCAGCAGGAACAGAAGGGCCCUUUCUCCAGGCCCCGGUGGCCCAGACCCCUUUGUGUAGCCGCCCAGGAGAGGCCUAGAGCCGCUCUGCCUCCGACGACCAUGCUCGGGACCCUCGGGCUGGCCCUGCUGGCUCUGGUCGGCACGGUGGGCCCGAGCCAGGCCAGCGGCUUUACAGAAAACGGCCUUUCCUUGCUGAGUUUCCAGCUGUGCAACUACAGCGUGACCCGAAACGUCCAGAAAGUGGAGGCCGUCCACACGUCGCAUGUGACCUACGCUCCCUGCGGCGGGUGGAUCCCGUGGAGGAGGUGCCCCAAGACGGUGUACAGAACUCGGUACCUGGCCGUGGACGUCCCCCAGCCCAGGAACGUGACCGACUGCUGUCGGGGUUAUGAGCAGCUGGGCCUCUACUGCGUCCCGCCCCUGAAUCGGUCCAGGGAGUUUGCCUCGAGACCCGGGGUCUGCCCCGCAGUGGGGCCAGAAGCACCCGCCUCGCCGUGCACGCUGGACACAGACUGCCCCGGGCUUCAGAAGUGCUGCGUCUCCCCCCGGGGCCACCACUGUGUGGCUCCCGCUCCCCGAGCUCCAGAGAGGGACCCGGUGACCUUCUGGUACGACGUGACCGUCCUGGUGAAAAUGGCCUUCAAGGAGCUGGAGGAGGUGGACCCCAGGCUGCUGAAUCACAUGCGGCUUCUGUACUCCAUGGUCACCAGUGCCUUGCAGCCGCUGCACCCCUCCGUCCACCACCUGCAGUCGGCCAGUGGGGACCCCUCGACCACGGUGUCGCAGCUGCUGCUGGGCCUGCCGUGGCCCGUGCCCGUGGCCAACGUCUCCGCGACGCUACACAGCAUCGUGCAGCGCGUCUACGAAGUGAUUGACAUCCGGGUGCAAGACUGCCCUCCCAUCCGGGACUACAUCACCGUCAAUGUCACCAGCAGCAGCUUUCGGGUGUCUUGGCGUUUACAUUCUCCCUGGCCCCGCACUUUCCACGUGCAGGUGUACAAGGGGGAGGAGCUCCUCCGGAGCGCCAGGACCGCGGAGAGGAGCCUGGAGGUGGCGGGGCUGGAGGCCGGAGAGCUCUACGGGGUGCGGACCGGCUACCAGGGGUGCGGGGCCAACGUCACCGCCACACUGGCCGUCAGAACCGAUGCCCGGGUGUUCCAAGUCACCGUCAGGGUCCUCAACCGCAACGUGACGGGGGCCCUUCUCAACCGCAGCAGCACCGAGUUCCGGGAAUUUUCUCGACAACUGCUCCAUGAGGUUGAAAACUCCUUCCCGCCAGCCGUCUCCGACCUGCACAGGAGAGGGAAGCUGAGGACACAGAUGGUCUCUCUCCAGGCUGGAAGUGUGGUGGCGACGCUCAGGCUGACCGUGCAGGACCCCGAGUUCCCAGUGGGGGUCUCCACGCUGGCCCCCAUGCUCCCGCCUCUGCUGGCCAGCACCGUGUUCCAGAUUGAUCCGCGGGGGACGCUCGUGCAAGAUUGGGACGAGUGUGCAGACAGCCGGGGGCACGACUGCUCACCCGCUGCCCAGUGCAUCAACGUCGAGGGCUCCUACACCUGUCGGUGCCGGACGGCCAGGGACGCCAACCCCUCCCGCGCGGGCCGGGCCUGUGAGGGUGACGUGGUGAGCCCCACGGGAGGGGUGCUGGCUCCGGCAACAGGUGUUACGGCCCCAGCUCUCAGCACAGAGACAGCAGCCCUUGGCCCAGAGACAUCUGCCUUGUGGCCCAGCCCUGGGCACCCGGGGGGCACCCCUGCAGCAAAUCAGGCCCAGACCCCGGGGCCCCCACCCAGGAGAGGGGGCAGCGGCCCGGUGGGGAAGGACAAGAACAGCACGAGGCAAGGCCUGGAGGAGGGAGCACCCGGCAGGGCCCCAGGCCUGGUGACAGGCCGGUGGCCAGCCAGCACGGCUCCUGGGACAACCCACAGCUCCCCUUCUGGGCCCACGAAUGGCUCGCUGAGCACCCCUGGGUGGUUAUCAAGAGACUCGAGCACGGAGCGGCCCCUCUGGCCCAGUCCUACCGAGGGCCCCACAGACCACAUCGUCUGGCACGCCAGCCUCCCCACUGGGGACACAGCACCAGCAGCUCUGGACCCCACAAGGCCACAGAACUCGGUCCCCGGACCCUCCGGCUCCCCGGACCUUCCCUCGGCCCCCACCCCUGAGUCUCUGAAGCUUCCGGCCUGUGUUCCCGUCCCCAUCGAGAGGGUCACAGUGUCCAACGUGACCAGCACCAGCUUUCACGUGGCGUGGGCGGCGGGUCUCACCCCGCACCCCACCUUCCAGCUCACCCUGACCUCCCCGCGGAGCCCCGCGGUGCACCUGGAGACCCGGGACGCGAGCCUGACGCUGUCGGGCCUGGAGCCUGGCGUCCUGCACCUGGUGGAGAUAGUGGCCAAAGCUUGCGGGAACGGAAGUGCCAGGGCCCGCCUGAAAGUCAGGACAGCGGCCCAGAAGCUCAGAGGGAAAGUCAGAAUAGCCAACGUCAGGUACGUGGAGCCCUUCCGGAACGCAAGCAGCAGGGAGUAUCAGGACUUCCUAGAGCUGUUCUUCAGGGUGGUGCGGGAUUCCUUGCCGGCCGCCAUGCUUCGGCAUGUGGACGCCGGUGGGGUCCAGAUGGAGGUGACCCGCGUCGCCAACGGCAGCGUCGUGGUGGAGUUUAACCUACUGAUCAUCGCAGACGUGGAUGUCCGCGAGGUGUCGGCUGCGUUCCUCGUCGCCCUCCAGAACGCCUCUCUGCUGGAGGUGGUCGGCGAGGACACCUUCAUACAAGAUUACGACGAAUGUGACAGCCAGGAGCACGACUGUGAGCCGGGCGCGUCCUGCCACAACACCCUGGGCUCCUACACCUGCAGCUGCCCGGGAGGAGCCCCCCGCUUCCCUGUGGAAUUUUCGGGAAGAUCCUGUGACGGUGACUCUCCCGGAAACACAACCCAGGCUCCCGGCCCCCCUCUGGCCACUGGCCCUGAGCAGGCCCCCACCCCGACAGGAACCACGGCUGCCAUGGCACCAGGUGCCAGCCCAGGUCCCCGGGGCCUGCCCCCGCGACUGAACCUGACCGAGGCGGUCAGGGUGCUCUGCGACAUUGAGAAGGUGGCCAUCGCCGUCCAGAGGCGCUUCCUGCAGCAGGAGUCCAUCCCCGAGUCCUCCCUGUACCUGGGACACCCAUCCUGUAACGUGAGCGACCACAACAGCACGCACGUGCUCCUGGUGGCCGGGUGGAGCGAGUGCGGGACCGUCGUGCAAAGUAACGUGACGAAUACGGUGGUGAGGACCACCCUGAGGAACGACCUGUCCCCUGAGGGCAUCAUCCACCAUCUGAAGAUCCUGAGCCCCAUCCACUGUGCCUUCCAGAACGACCUCCUGACAUCGUCAGGCUACACCCCAGAAUGGGGGGUCUAUACCAUCAUCGAGGACCUCCAUGGUGCUGGCAGUUUUGUCACCGAGAUGCGGUUGUUUAUUGGGGACUCCCCUAUACCUCGAAAUUAUAGUGUGUCUGCCAGUGAUGAUGUCAAGAUCGAGGUGGGGCUCUAUAAACAGAAGAGCAACCUCAAGGUGGUCCUGACCGAGUGCUGGGCGACACCAUCCAGCAACGCCAGGGACCCGGUCAUGUUUGGCUUCAUUAACAACAGCUGCCCCAUCCCCAACACACACACGAACGUGAUCAAGAACGGGGACUCCAGCAAGGCCCAGUUUAAGCUGAAAAUCUUCUCCUUCAUCAACAACUCCAUCGUCUACCUGCACUGCAGGCUUCGUAUUUGCAUGGACUCCCCUGGAAGCACGUGCAAAAUAAAUUGCAAUGACGUCAAGUCCCUGAGAAGCAGCGAGGCAUCCACCAUACACCAGACAUCCUGGGGACCCCUCGUCCGGUCUGAAGGUGAGCGUCCAGGCGCGGAGCCGGGCCUGGGAGCCGGUUACCUGGUCCUCAUCGUGGUGGCCGUCUUCGCCGUGGUGGCCGGGGCGGCUGCCCUUGUCCUCGUGCACUACCAGAGAAUGAGUCGCAAAUACAGCUUCAGAGCCGGGCCGGACGACUUCGGCUACCAGGUGUUCUCUGGGUAGGCGGUCCCGGCGGGCCCGCAGGUGGCUGUGAAUCAACCUCGGUUCUUAAUCCAUGAAGCAUCAACGGAAACCUGCUCUGUCCCACAUCCAGAGCUUGGAUGAGUCCCGGGGGUGGUGAAAACACAGCCUCUGACUGACCCAGGAGACCCAUCGUCUGUGUAGGUCCCAGAUAAGCAAUGCCCACCAGGCGGAUGUAAGAGCUUUUGGAGUGGGAGGUGGGGUGAGGGGUAUGCCCCAGGCAUGGGGAUCUUCAAACAAGCUUGGAUCCAGCCUUGCCAUCACCCAAACCACCUCCACAGCCCCCAGACUCUUUACCCUCCUAACCGGCUCAAGUGGUCCUUUCUGGUUUUGCUCACCACUGACAUCUGUCACCUGCCACCCAUCCCCCCAUCCACUCAGUCACGUAGCUACCCAUCCAUUCAGCCAUCCAUUCAUCCAACGCUCUGUCAUAUAUAUAUAUUUCACAUUUUCAAAGAUAUUUGACGGUGCACUUGGAGUUCUUUUAACAAUAGGUCAGUCAUAAAUGCACUGCUAAUGUUAUUUUUAGUGGACAUAUAUGCUCUUUAACAUCUGCCUUUCCAGGACAUUGUUUUUAUUUACACAACAGAGACUCAAAAGACACUCCACUAAUAUGAAAAUCUUUAUAAGUAGAAAUAACAUUAUAUACAUACACAUACUCACUAUUUUAUAUUUUUUCCAAGUAUUUUCACAGCCAUUUAAAAAUAUAAUUUUACCCCAGGAGAGGUACUAUUUAUCCAUUGCACAAUGGGAAAGCAGAGAAGAAAUGGGUGAGUCAUUUUCAUAUGGCCACAAAAUGAAUUAAUAAGGAACUGGGUGUAGAAUCUAAAUUUUUACCUUAGAAUGUUCUCCAUUACACCAUACUGACGGAUCGUGCUUUUUUACUUUAUGUGAAACAAAUUGGAUUGUAUUCGGUAGCUAACACCUGAAAGCAUCGCGUUUUUCCUCGAUGAACUUAGAAUUACAAGGUGGUCAUGGUCUUUAAUUCAUGAGAUUACUUUUGUUGAAUGUAACUAAUUGGAGAUUAAUUUUGCUGAGUGUAACUAACAGCGAUUCAUAUCUGGAGAAUGCGAGUGUUUUGAUUUAGUGGAUAUUCUCAAGGGUCAGUAAAGCAUGACAGUAUGUGGCUAACAUUACAACAUGUGGCUAAACCGAUUUUGCACAAGUAGAAUAAAUCGCAUGUGACAUUGAA